AUGACUGGACGUGGGAAAGGCGGCAAGGGUCUGGGCAAGGGCGGCGCGAAACGCCACCGCAAGAUCCUGCGCGACAACAUCCAGGGCAUCACCAAGCCUGCCAUCCGUCGUCUGGCCCGCCGUGGCGGUGUCAAGCGUAUCUCUGCCAUGAUCUACGAAGAAACCCGCGGCGUGCUGAAAUCCUUCCUUGAAUCCGUCAUUCGCGACGCGGUCACGUACACCGAGCACGCGAAGCGGAAGACCGUCACGUCGCUGGAUGUCGUGUAUGCGCUGAAGAGACAGGGUCGCACGCUUUACGGGUUUGGCGGAUGA